AUGGCACCGAAAAAGCCGUCGUCGAGGUGGUGGUUCUGGACAAAGGUCAUGCUCGGUGGCGCUGUGGUCGCUGUCGGCGGACCUGCCUUUACUAUGUGGUUGACUCCCACCGAAGAGGAGCUGCGAUCGAGAUAUAACCCCGAACUACGAAAGAAGAGCUUGGAGAACCGGGAGGAGCGACAGCAAGAGUUUGACGACUUUGUGACACGAUUGAAGGAGUACUCCAAGUCGGACAAGCCCAUCUGGAUCGUGGUGAAGGAGGAGGAAGAGCGAAAGAAGAAGGCCGCGGCUGCAGCGGCCAAGGCGUCACAGAAAGAAACUGAUGCCCGACGAGAAGAGAUGAGACGGGAAGCUGGUCUGGAUUCGAAAUAA